AUGGUAGAAGAAAUAUGGGAAGAGCUUGCUAAAGAAAAAUACAUGGAGUGGGAACUUGCUUCUGCUUGGCGCUCGUGGGAAUUGAAUAGUUUGAAGGAAACUUGUGAAGCUGCUCUUAAUCAACAACGUGCUUUAGAGAUGUCUAGAACAGAAGAUUCCUCGGAAGAAGCCUAUACUUCCCAUACUGAGCAAUUGAAAGCUCUUGAUCGAGUGUUUGAGAAAGUUGCAGAAGACGACAAACCAACUGAGGUGCCAGAUUACUUGUGUUGCAAAAUUACUCUUGAGAUAUUCCGAUAUCCUGUGAUAUCUCCAAGUGGGGUUACGUAUGAAAGAGCAGCAAUCCUUGAGCAUAUUAACAAGGUGGGAAAGUUUGAUCCUAUAACGCGUGAAUCCAUCAAAACUGGUUCCAAAUCUGGCUAUCAAAGAGGCACUGGCAUCUUAUCUUGA